AUGAAGAACUACGAGAUAAGCAAUUAUUUCCGGUGCGGCCGGGAGACGAACAAGAGGUCGCACGUGUGGCCAUCCGCCCACUGCCAACGCCACUUUACAGCGAUGGACUGGGACCCCACGAACAGCGACAGUGAUGGCUACAUCUGCCCUCCGUGUCCAGUGUUCUACCCCACGGCCGAGGAAUUCCAGCACCCUCUGAAAUAUAUUUCCAGCAUCCGCCACAUCGGCAUGCAAGCCGGUAUCUGCAAAAUUGUGCCUCCGUCGGGCUGGCGUCCUCCGUUCGCUAUCAAUGAAAAGACGUUCCGCUUCCGGACACGCGUGCAGCAACUUAACUGCAUCGAGGGCCAUUCCCGAGCAGAAGGCCAGUUCGUCGAGGCUCUGAGACUCUUCCUGUACCAACGCGGACAGCCCAUGAAGGCGCUGCCACGCGCAGACGGCCAGCUGGUGAAUCUCCACUUGUUAUACAAGUCAGUAGUGUCUCUCGGUGGCUUCGACGCAGUUUGUAGCAGUAGUAGGUGGGAGCAGGUAGUACGUCGCGUAGGACGCACAAAGGCCGCCAGCGAGCCGUCCGACGAGCUCUGUCAAGUCUAUAAAGCCCACUAUGAGACUACCUUGCUAGCCUACGAGAAGGAGCAGCGCAGCGCCAAGGACAGUAGUAGUACAGUAGAGACCAAGAUACAAGCCACUCCUUCGGGCGCGAACGCCACGGGUGAUACCAAGGCCACACCGUCGUCUAAACCUCGCACGCUUAGCGGUAGAAAACGUCCUGCCUUCAUCAAGCACGAGGAGACAGAAGACGACGGACACCGAGUGAAGCGGACACUCUUUUCCGACGGAGAACAGACCAGCAGCGAAGAGAACGAGGCUCCCAAGACCGAAACGCGAGUACAAGACGAGAAGCGAAAGAGUCUCGAGCCGGCCGCGUUAAAACCGUUAGAAACGCGUCAGUGUCGCCUUGGCGCGCCCGAGAUUCGAGCGGGACAGAAAUUCUAUCGCUUCUUUCCCGAUGCCGGCGCCGUCUUAGCGGAGGUGAAGCGCGUCUUUGGCGGGAAGAAACCGCACGUGGCUGUACGGUACGUGGAAGACGGCUCCAACGACGACGUCGAGUUGUCCACGAUGGAGAUUCUGAUCGCCAAUGGCUGGGACGCCAGCGCGGCGGAGCUGGCGUACAACAGCGAGAUCUGUCAGGUUUGUCUGCGUGGAGAUUGCUGGGAUCGGAUGCUGCUGUGCGACGGCUGUAACAGCGGCCAGCACAUCUUCUGUCUGGACGAGCCGCUGGAUAAAGUGCCGACUGGAGACUGGUACUGUAAGGAGUGCGUGGACGACGCCAUGGACCCGGAUAAAGGCAAAGACAACCCCAAGUUCGGCUUCGAUAUGGGCGCAGAGAUCAGUAUGGUCGACUACAAGCAACGUGCGGAUGCCUGGAAGCGAGACUACUUCUCCUUAUCCUCCGAUACGAACCCGGACGACGCUAUCAGCGACCGCGAGUUAGAAGCAGAAUACUGGCGAUUACUCAGUAUACCGAUCCACGAGCAACGCCUCGAAGUGCAGUACGGCAGCGACGUGGACACGGGCGCGAACGGCAGCGCAUUCCCUCGCCAUGAUCUGUAUUUGAAGAGCCUGAGAACUGUAGCCAAGCGCUGGAAGAACUUAACGACCAAGGCGAAAACCGACUACGUGCGUCAACUCAGCGAGUUCUUCUCCCACGGUCUGCGUGAAGGUCUGGGCUCGAAAGCCGGGGGGGAGAACGACGCUACCGACGCAGCGCAGUCUUUGGAGGAAUUGCUGCAACGCUAUGCGCAAGACGACUGGAACUUGAACAACAUGCCCAAACUGUCAGGCUCGGUACUGCAGUAUCUGGACGAAGAUAUCAAGGGGAUUAUGGUGCCGUGGCUGUACGCGGGCAUGUGUUUCUCCACCUUCUGCUGGCACGUGGAGGACCACAACUUCUACAGUACCAGUUAUCUGCAUUGUGGUGCCCCCAAGACGUGGUACGGCAUCCCCAGUGCCAGUGCUGAGCACUUUGAACGCACGAUGAAGCAACUGACGCCCGAGCUCUUCGGUAGUCAGCCGGAUCUGCACAUGCAGUUGGUCACCAUGUUUUCUCCCAAAACGCUGCGAGAACACGGCGUUCCAGUGUACCGCGCGACGCACCGUCCGAACGAGUUUGUCGUCACGUUCCCGUCCGCUUAUCACGCGGGUUUUAACAACGGAUUUAACUGCGCAGAGGCGGUGAACUUUGCGACGUUGGACUGGUUGGCUUGGGGGGCCAAGUCGCUGAAAAAAUACCGCGAGUUCCGUAAAUUACCGGUGUUCUGUCACGACGCUCUGGUGUGUACAUUGGCCGAGACUCUGGCGGAUGGCAACAGCUUUGACUAUGAGAACACACGCUCGUCUUUACUCCCAGCGGUGGAGCAGCUCCUGCAGGAUUAUCAAGAGUUCCAGCGACGUGUGGACAGCAGCGAGAUGCGCGUGGAGAAGCGCGAACUGAUGGCGGGGUACGAGAAGCAUGGAGCGGUUAUUGCCACAGACCCAGAGGCCUCAUCGAUGCGUCGUAGUAUGGUGGCUCGAGCAUGCAACAAACCGGCGAAGAUGGGCGGCAAUAGAGGCUCCAAGAUGAGGACGAAGAUGGAGACAUCCAUGCGCCCUACCAGGAUGGUGUUGUGGGCGGGUAGAUCGGGCAAGCACGAGGGUCUACGCUGUGUGACGUGCAAGCAAUACUGCUAUCUCCAGGCUGUCGUGUGUACGAGAUGUCGCCCCCCACAGGCAAGCAACGGAGGCCCUACCGUUGGCUGUCUGGAGCACUAUCCUACCAUGUGUAAGUGUCGAGAUCCGACCAACUUUGUGUACUUGUAUCGCUACGAAGCUUCUCGUCUUGAAGACAUGAUCCGCAGUCUACGCACACGACUGGAUAGUGUCCAGGACUGGAACAAAGAGUGCGACGCGGCGAUGCAGGCUGCUAGGGAAUAUUCCACUCAAGAUGCCGUAUCGCAGCCAGCAAUAACGGACUUGAAGCAAUUGUUAUCACGUGGUAAAGCUUCAGGCGGUGCCGACAUGAGACGUUUGGACUCGUUGGAGUUCUGGAUCUCUAGUGCCGACAAGUGGGACGUUCGUGCCGAGCGACUGCUUCUCUCGCUUAGACAGGACCGUUCUGCUGCGAGUCUAAGCGACUGGGAGUCGCUGUUGCUGGAGGCCGGGAAAUUACUCGUCAAGCCUUCGACAAUGGGGAAACUACGCGACGUCGUCAACGACUGGCGUGCAGCUCGCACUGAAGCGAUUAAGCUGCUAAACACCGUGCAACGGAUCGUGAACGACGAGAUCCGGAACAACGCUCGCCCCAGAAGCUCGUCCGCCGAUACGUCGCUGCUUGUACAGUGCAUGGGCGCUCCCAACGUGUUGCUACACGACAACGUUCACUUCGGUCGACUGUGUACUGCCAUUACGAGAGUUAGCGAGCGUCUACGAGCCAAGAAGGAGAGCGGCGCAGACGGCAGUUUCCUCAGCCAACUGGCACGUGGUCAACGGUAUCUGGAAGUGCUGUGCAAGGUGAACGUUCUAGCGGCGACGAUCGUGGAUCGGACACAAGGCGGGACAGUUAUGGGUACGCCGACGCAAGGACAAGUGGAGCGUGUGCUGCGGGAGGUACUGGAGUUACGACUGUCGAAUCCGAACUCUAUCGCCAACGCUGGAGCGUUGCAGCAACUGGUAGCAGCCGCGGAGUCGGUGGCGCGAGAGAUCGAGGACGCGCUACGUGAUGGCUCCAAGAGCUCCGAAGAACUAGAAGUGCUACUUCGACGCGCGAUAGCGCUACCGAUCCCACCAGGUAAUACCCAGAGUCUUAAAGAUCGACUGGAGAAAUGUCGAGUGUGGGAACGUCGUGCGCACCAGAUCUUGGCUGUCUCGAGGGCGAUGGUAGAGCGUCCGUCACUCGAAGAGGUAGAGCGGUUCUACGCCCAAGCGGACGCCCACUUCGUGUCGGGUUCUUCCUUGCUACGUCGACAAGUGCACUCGCGCUUACAAGACUGUCGGCGAUGGCACGACGCCGUCCACGCGCUGUUCUUACGUCCGUCCAAUAGUCAUCUCCCACUAAGUCAGUUCUUGCAGACUGCGCUGGACAAAGCGCAGCAUCAACACGGUCAGAACGCGAGUCAGGCGCUGCAGAUUCACUCGCGACUGCACUGUGUUUGUCAGCAAGUGCUCAGUGAACGCGCCCAUGUCGCGUCGUGUCAACAAUGUCAGCAGUAUUUCCAUCCGCAAUGUGUCCCAGAAUUGAUGCCGUCGCGUUCCAAAGACGCCUUCCUAUGUGGCUCCUGUCGUCCUCAACGCAAGCGACCAGAGCGCCGCAGUACGGACGCCCCGAUCUUCUGUCUGUGUCGAGGCGUGGAACGCGCGCCCAUGAUCUGCUGCGACUUUUGUGACGAAUGGUAUCACGCGUCGUGUGUCGACUUGUCUCCGGUGGGUCUGGAGACCAUCGACGCCUUCCGUUGUCCACGCUGUGCAAGACGACAGCAUUUGUACUACAUGGACAAGAAACUACUACGUCGUGAGUGUCUGGGUAGAAGACCAACACUCAGUCGCGUCGAGAGCUUCGUGGCGCAGAUGCAGACGCAGUUAGUGGCGUGUCCUCCGGGAGCUCAAGAGCUCGUCGCAUACAUCCACACCGUCAAGACAGUGGAGAGCGACGUCACGGCGUUCGUACGCACCUUCGCGUCGCGUGCGUUCUCGCCCGCGGCGUACGCUACGGAGCAGUAUGUGCAGAGUCAAGAAGGGGCAGUGAUUCGCUUGAUGGAGCGCGUGACGAAUCUCGAAGUGGGGCUCGAGACGGCGCAGGUUCAGUUAGGCGCAGUGCAUUGGUGUCUACGCGCGUGUCAACUGGUACUGGGACCGAGUGACAGAGCGCCACGAUACGCACACUUGGUGGCUCUAUUACAAGACGUUAAGAGUCAGGAACCAGGAUUCGCCUUCCCUCGUCAGGAGUACCGCCUCAUGCAGUGGACGAUCGCUGAGCGAGUCAAUAAAGCUGCUCAAUGGCUACGUGCUGCCAAGUCGCUGGAAGUGGAAGAGUGGAAUGUCGAAAAGGCGCAACAGUUACUGCGUCUUUCUGACGAGCUGAGUGCGUAUCUGCAACUCCCACCGACCGAGCUGCAACUUGUGCAGAGAAUUAUUGACGGUGGCAUGGCAACACGUGCAGUGCAAGGAGAAAGUCGAGUUGCUUGGAAGAAGCAACGACACUGGUAG